AAUUAAUAGAAAAUAAAAUAACAUUCCACUUUACAAACAUCGCAGAACGGCAGAAGCCUCCGUCUUCAAGUCUUCCUUAAUUUCUACCCAAACUCAACCACACCCUUCUUUUAAAAUUUCUCAUUGCUACCGAUAACAUCUAAAAAAUGGUGAUGGUGAUGGUCAAUCUUACCAUCAUUCGGAUAUUGUUAGUGUCAGCAAUAGUCUCCCUAACUGUAAGAUUGAUUUUGAUUUUAACUGUCUGCCGGAGUAACAGAAAGAGGGCCGUAGGGUUCUUUCAUCCUUACACCAACGACGGCGGCGGUGGAGAGAGAGUUUUGUGGUGUGCAGUUAAAGCUAUUCAAGAAGAACAACCUGAUCUAGAUUGUGUCAUCUACACCGGUGAUCAUGAUGCUUCUCCAGACAGCCUCAUCCGUCGCGCCCUCGAUCGCUUUGGUGUUACCUUGAUUUCUCCUCCCAAGGUUGUGCAUUUACAUAAAAGGAAAUGGAUCGAAGAAACAACCUAUCCUCGCUUCACUAUGAUCGGUCAAAGUUUUGGUUCGAUCUACCUUUCAUGGGAAGCUUUGAACAAAUUUGUUCCAUUUUACUAUUUGGAUACUAGUGGAUAUGCCUUUACCUAUCCACUCGCCCGCCUUUUCGGGUGCAAGGUCCUUUGCUACACUCAUUACCCAACAAUCAGCUUGGAUAUGCUCUCCCGAGUCCAUUCACGGAGUUCCAUGUAUAAUAAUGACUCUGUUGUUGCUAACAGCUUUCUGUUGUCCCAGUGCAAACUUGUUUAUUACAAAUUCUUUAGCUGGAUGUAUGGAUUUGUUGGUUCUUGUGCAAAUCUUGCUUUGGUUAAUUCUUCGUGGACACAGUCGCAUAUUGAGAAGCUUUGGAGAAUCCCAGAUCGUAUUAAACGAGUGUAUCCUCCUUGUGAUACGACCGGGUUGCAGGCACUUCCAUUGGAAAGAGAAGCAACACCGCCCAAAAUCAUUUCAGUGGCUCAAUUUCGACCAGAGAAGGCGCAUACUCUUCAGCUUCAGGCUUUUGCACAUUCCGUCAAGAAUCUAAAUGCGGACAUUCCUAGGCCCAAACUCCAGUUUGUUGGUAGUUGUAGAAAUGAUGCUGAUGAAACAAGAUUGCAGAACUUGAAAGAUUUAGCUAUCAAACUGAAGGUAGAAGAGGAUGUAGAGUUCUAUAAGAAUGUGACCUACAGAGAAUUAGUAGGGCUUUUGGGCAGUGCAACUGCAGGCAUUCAUUCAAUGAUGGAUGAACAUUUUGGCAUUAGUGUCGUAGAGUACAUGGCUGCAGGAGCCAUACCCAUUGCUCAUAAUUCAGCUGGCCCAAAGAUGGACAUCGUGUUACCUGAAGAAGGAAAGCAAACCGGGUUUCUUGCUGAAACUGUCGAAGAAUAUGCUGAUGCAAUUUUGAAGAUUUUAAGGAUGUCAAAAUCCGAGAAACAUGAGAUCGCUGCAGCUGCAAGAAGACGAGCUAGCAGAUUCUCAGAACAGAGAUUUUAUGAAGAUUUUAGAGCUGCAAUUAGACCAAUUAUAAACCACUCUUUCGGGUGAUACAGCAAACUUGUUAGGAGAUGAAAGAUAAACUAACGUAGAGAAGGAUAUCGUCACAAUAGGGCACUUCUAUACAGUUUUCAAGAAACACAAAAUCACAUAUUUAUGUAUCUUUUUUAUCUGGGAAUUUUGUUGGAUGGUAAAAGGCGGUUAUAGAUCGU